GCAUUUUUUACCCCAUGGAAAGCACUUUUAAGACUGUCAAACUUUGAAAGAGUAUUCAUUUCAACAAUUUGUGUUUCAUAACUUUACUCUUUUAUUAAUCCACUUUAGGUCAACAUAUAGAUAAGGAUAUCUGGUUUUAUGACAAUCACAGAAGAACUUUGAAUCUGCUAAAACGUCACAAAGAAAAUAUUCUCCAUAGUCAACACACGAGCAGAUCUCCACCAGCUCAGUGAAAGCCAGAUACAUUGUUCCGUGCAAGAAUGAAGACUUUGCAGACUACUUUUUUUUUGUUUGUGUUUGUACCUUUGGCAAAUUCAGCACCACCUAUACAGCAAGAAUCACUCCAGUUUUAUGAGUAUGAUACAGAUGUUACCAUGGGAAGCCUGAUCCAACAAGAUUAUGAAAUGCAAUCCAAGGAUAUAAGAAAGGAUGGAACAAAUGUUUCUCUCGACACUUCCUUAAGACUGCAAGGGGAUGACAGCGAACGCAACGUACCACCAACAAAGGAUACAAAUUUACCUACUUGUCUGCUCUGUGUGUGUUUAAGCGGAUCAGUGUACUGCGAGGAAAUAGACAUCGAAGCUGUACCCCCACUGCCAAAGGAAACAGCAUAUCUUUAUGCACGAUUUAACAAAAUAAAAAGGAUAGCAGUCUCAGAUUUUGCUGACAUUACUACCUUGAGAAGAAUUGAUUUUAGUGGAAAUAGGAUAGAAGAAAUAGAAGAUGGAGCCUUUUCAAAGCUUCUGCUAUUGGAAGAACUUUCUCUUGCUGAAAAUCGACUUCUAAAACUUCCUGUUCUACCUCCCAAACUAACAACAUUUAAUGCAAACCAGAAUAGAAUCAAGAGCAGAGGAAUCAAAGCAAAUGCUUUCAAAAAGCUGACAAAUUUGGCCUACCUCUACUUAGGACAUAACGCACUGGAAUCUGUUCCCCUUAACUUACCGGAAAGUCUGCGUAUUCUUCACCUUCAGUACAACAAUAUUACUACAAUCACCGACGACACAUUCUGCAAAUCUAAUAACACACGUUACAUCCGCACAAGCAUGGAUGAGAUAAGGAUGGAAGGCAAUCCGAUCCUCUUGGCAAAGCAUGUUAAUGCUUUUUCCUGCUUGAGAACACUGCCUGUAGGAACAUACUACUAGCCACUACUUACGUAAUUAUACAUGCCAAAACUUAAACAUGGUAACAGAAGAUUAUUCUUUUUCCUCUGUUUACAUGUUUAUAUCCUCUCCCUUACUAAUGCCGUUUACCUGCAUACCCAGAACCUUUUACUAUGUUGAAAUGUGGUUCUCCUCUGAAAUAACUGUUUCAAAACAGCCACUUCAUUUAGUAGUUACAAUGUCACCCAUGCUUUCAGAAACUUUUCUGUUAAUGAAAGUGUAAAAAUACAUAUAUGCACACACAUAUCUUCUCAACUUUUAUUUCACCACAUAUUCUUUACAGGUAGGUAAAAUCACACAAGUAACUGCUUGUUCACAUUCUUUAUCAGUACCCAGAAUAAACAAUACACUUUACUUUCAAAUAAACGCAAAACAUUCUUUGAGCAAGCUACAGAAGAAAACUACAUCCUAAUUCCAAUCCCAUUUUUUUAAUCUGAAAUGAAACUUUUUCAGUUGACCUUCGAAAGUGUAUUGGAUGAAGUUGCAUACAAAAGAAAGUUAUGUUUAGAAAUAGAACUUCUCAAAGCUUAACUUCAUUAAAGCUUCCUUAAAAACUUGGUUUGCAGAAAAUGAGAAUAAUUCCUAUUCAGGCUUAGUGUACCAAGCAACAAAGCAAGUGGAACUUCUCAAAGAUGUGUUAAUUCUCUUUCUACUAUUCUGCUUUCAAAAUAAUGUAAGAGUGUGUGUAUAUAUAUAAUAUAUAUGUAUUUGAUUUUUACACAAGGUAUUUU